AUGACUAGUAAUACAGCUGUAAUAGAUGACGACAUCAAAAUAGAAGACCAUGACAUGCAUCCACCACUGCCUGAACCAGAAGAAGAACCUGCACAACCUGAAUACUUGGAACAAGGCCAGCGAAACCACAUGAUUCCCCAUCGUUUUCAAGAUUACCUUCCUGUAGCUUGUAUUGCUCCCUUACAACGCAUCAAAACAGAACCAAACCUGUUUGGCCUCUAUCGGCAAUACAAGACUCUGCCUUCGUUUGACCCUGAUGAUGCUACAACCAUCGCAAAUCUCUGUGAUGCACCUACAUUUGCCAUACCUCCAGAUACCCUACAGCAGCGAUCGCCACUCAGUGUAUACAGUGUGCACAGUCUAGAGUCAAAUGCAGCUAAUCUCUCCACCAACACAGAAGCCCUAGACUCUGGACCAUGGUUCGCGUUGUUCAUGAAUCCCACCAUAUGCCGACUAAUGCACUGGUUCUAUUCGACCACAACCAAGAUGUUAAAUGACUUGAACCGUCUGGUGCAAGAAGUUAUUCUGGCACCAGACUUUUCUUCUUCGGAUUUGCAGAACUUUGAUGCCAACUGA